GCACCUUUCUGGGACGGGUCUGGAAGCAGGGCUGGCAGCAGACAUGGGGCAGAGCGAGUCUGAGUCUCAGGAUGAGCAGGAGGAUGCAGCACUCACAGACAUGUUGCCCAGUCUUAAGGUCUUUGUGGAGGAUCAGCUCCAGACCAGCAUGGUGGUGGGUGUCAUGAUUGGCAUUGGUGUUUCCAUGCUACUCAUCUCCACGUUGAUCCUGGUGCUGGUCCGCAGGCUGCGCCUCAAGAAGGUUCAGACUCAGGAGACACCCAAGUACCGAUUCCGCAAGCGGGACAAAGUGCUGUUCUACGGGCGCAAGAUCAUGCGCAAGGUGUCCCAAUCCACCUCCUCCCUUGUGGACACGACCAUCUGCAGCACCUCCCGUCCUCGCAUGAAGAAGAAGCUCAAGAUGCUGAACAUUGCCAAAAAGAUCCUGCGCAUCAAGAAGGAACUGCCCAUCCUGCAACUGAAGGAGCCGCCACCCUCAGUGCUGGAAGCAGACCUGACAGAGUUUGAUGUGGCCAACUCCCACUUGCCCUCUGAGGUGCUGUACAUGCUGAAGAACGUACGGGUGCUGGGCCAUUUUGAGAAGCCACUGUUCUUGGAGCUCUGCAAGCAUAUGAUCUUCCAGCAGUUCCAGCAGGGCGAGUACAUCUUCCGGCCCGGCCAGCCCGAUACCAGCAUCUAUGUGGUGCAGGAUGGCAAGCUGGAACUCUUCCUGACCCAGCAGGAUGGGAAGGAGACCCUGGUGAAAGAGGUGUUCCCUGGGGACAGCGUGCACAGCCUGCUCAGCAUUCUUGAUGUCAUCACGGGGCACCAGCGGCCUUACCGGACGGUGUCUGCACGGGCAGGCGAGGACUCCACGGUGCUGCGGCUUCCGGUUGAGGCCUUCUCUGCCGUCUUCGAGAAAUACCCUGAGAGCCUGGUGCGGGUGGUGCAGAUCAUCAUGGUGCGUCUGCAGCGGGUCACCUUCCUAGCCCUGCACAACUACCUGGGGCUGACCAAUGAACUCUUCAGCCACGAGAUGCAGCCGCUGCGGCUCUUCCCUCAGCCCAGCCAUGCCUCGCGCACCAGCCCUGUCAGACACAGCAAGCGCGUCGUCAGCAUCUCCUCCAUCGAUGACCACAAGGAGAGCUCUGGGAGGCAGCCAGAUGCCAGCACCAAAGACGUGGCUGAUCAGCUCAAGCUGGGGUCCCUGGAGCUGACUGCAGCACCACUACUGAGCCGCUGCAUCUCCAUGCCAGUUGAUAUCUCAGGCCUCCAGAAGGGUCCCCGCUCAGACUUCGACAUGGCCUACGAGCGCGGCAGGAUCUCGGUGUCGCUGCAGGAGGAGAGCACCAGUGCCAUGGCUUCCUUCUCCCCCUCAGUCUCCCAGGAGCCCAAGGAGCACAGGUCAGUGAUGGCGGAGGAGCAGACUCCCAGUACCUAUCACUACAACUACUGUGAGGAUGACUCAGCAGGUGGUGCCUGCCCCUUUGGGCCUUACCAAGGCCGCCAGACCAGUGCCAUCUUCGAGGCUGCCAAGCGGGAGCUGGUGAAACUCAUGAAGAUUGAGGACUCCUCCCUUCUCAACAACCGAGUGCUGCUGCACCACGCCAAGGCCGGGACAGUCAUCGCCCGCCAGGGGGACCAGGAUGUAAGCCUUCACUUUGUGCUGUGGGGCUGUCUGCAUGUCUACCAGCGCAUGAUCGACAAGGCAGAGGAUGUGUGCCUCUUCUUGACGCAGCCUGGCGAGAUGGUGGGCCAGCUGGCUGUGCUGACCGGAGAGCCCCUCAUCUUCACCAUAAAGGCCAACCGCGACUGCACCUUCCUCAAGAUCUCCAAGUCGGACUUCUAUGAGAUCAUGCGGGAGCAGCCCAGUGUGGUGCUGAGUGUUGCCCAUACUGUAGCUGCCCGCAUGUCUCCGUUCGUGCGCCAGAUGGACUUUGCCAUUGACUGGAUGGCUGUGGAAGCUGGGCGGGCCUUGUACAGGCAGGGCGACAAGUCGGACUGUACCUACAUUGUGCUGAAUGGGCGCCUGCGCUCUGUCAUUCAAAAAGGCAGUGGCAAGAAGGAGCUGGUUGGGGAGUACGGCCGUGGGGACCUCAUUGGAGUGGUGGAAGCCCUGACCCGGCAGCCUCGAGCCACCACCGUCCAUGCCGUGAGAGACACAGAGCUGGCUAAGCUGCCUGAGGGCACCCUGAACAAUAUUAAGCGCAGAUACCCCCAGGUCGUGACCCGCCUGAUCCACUUGUUGAGCCAGAAGAUCCUUGGGAACCUACAGCAGCUGUGCGGGCCUUUCCCAGGCUCCAGUCUUGGUGUGGCCUCCAGCUCAGAGGUGACCAACCCGGCCAGUAACCUGUCCACAGUGGCGGUGCUACCAGUGUGUGAUGACGUGCCCAUGGCGGCCUUCACGCUGGAGCUGGAGCAUGCCCUCAAUCCCAUAGGUCCCACCUUGCUUCUGACCAGUGACAUCAUCCGAGCACGGCUUGGUGCCUCAGCGUUGGACAGCAUCCAGGAAUACCGACUGUCGGGCUGGCUGGCGCAGCAGGAGGACAUCCACCGCAUUGUGCUGUACCAGACUGACUGCACGCUGACGCCCUGGACUGUGCGCUGCAUCCGCCAGGCUGACUGCAUCCUCAUUGUUGGGCUAGGGGACCAGGAGCCAGCGCUGGGCAAGCUGGAGCAGAUGCUGGAGAACACAGCCGUGCGUGCCCUGAAGCAGCUGAUUCUGCUGCACCGGGAGGAUGGGCCCAGCCCCUCUCGCACCGUUGAGUGGCUCAACAUGCGUAGCUGGUGCUCAGGACACUUGCACAUCAAGUGCCCACGCCGCGUCUUCUCCCGCCGGAGCCCCAAUAAGCUGAGGGAGAUGUACGCAAAGGUCUUUGAGAAAGACGCCGACCGGCACAGUGACUUCUCACGUCUGGCGCGGGUCCUGACCGGCAACAGCAUUGCCCUGGUGCUGGGAGGAGGAGGGGCCAGGGGCUGCUCCCACAUCGGGGUGAUCAAGGCCAUGGAAGAAGCUGGGAUCCCCAUUGACCUGAUAGGGGGAACAUCCAUUGGCUCCUUCAUCGGGGCUCUGUAUGCAGAGGAGCGCAGUGCUGUGCGCACCAAGCAGCGUGCCCGCGAGUGGGCCAAGAGCAUGAACUCAGUGUUUGAGACAGUUCUGGACCUUACCUACCCCAUUACCUCCAUGUUCUCUGGCUCAGCCUUCAACACCAGCAUCAACAAGGUCUUCCAAGACAAACAGAUUGAGGAUCUGUGGCUACCCUACUUCAACGUGACAACGGACAUCACGGCCUCAGCCAUGCGGGUCCACAAGGACGCAGGCACUGUGUGGCGCUACGUCAGAGCCAGUGCAUCUUACCCCCCCUACCUGCCUCCUCUCUGCGACCCCAAGGACAGCCACCUGCUUGUGGACGGCUGCUAUGUUAAUAAUGUCCCAGGCUCGCUGUGGCGGUAUGUGCGAGCGAGCAUGACCCUUUCCGGGUACCUGCCGCCACUCUGCGACCCCAAGGAUGGCAACUUACUGAUGGACGGUGGCUACAUCAACAACCUGCCAGCGGAUAUUGCCCGGAACAUGGGUGCCAAGACGGUGGUCGCCAUUGAUGUGGGCAGCCAAGACGAGACUGACCUCUGCAACUAUGGUGACAGCCUUUCUGGCUGGUGGCUACUUUGGAAACGCCUCAAUCCCUGGGCCCAGAAGGUCAAGGUGCCUGACAUGGCAGAGAUCCAGUCACGCUUGGCCUAUGUGUCAUGUGUGCGCCAGCUGGAGGUGGUAAAGUCGAGCUCCUACUGUGAGUACAUUCGUCCGCCCAUUGACCGCUUCAAAACCAUGGACUUCGGCAAGUUCGAUGAGAUCUAUGAUGUGGGCUACCAGCAUGGCAAAGUGGUGUUCAGUGGCUGGAGCCGCGGCGACAUCAUUGAGAAGAUGGUGAAGGACCGGCGCUCAGCUGACUUCUACGAGAGCAAGCGCAUGGAUGUACUGACUUGCCCCAGUGCGGGGUUCACUGAUCUGGCUGAGAUUGUGUCUCGCAUCGAGCCAACCAAGAACUACCUGUCUGAUGGCUACGCUGACGGUGAGGAGUCUGACUACCUGACGGAGUAUGAGGAGGAAGGGCUGGAUCCCGCACGGGGAGAAGAGGAGCUGCUAGUGCCAGCUGAGUGGACCCACACUGAGGAUGAGAAGAGUCUGCGGCAUCGCAACUGCCUCUCCCAGGAGCUCUCCCCACCCAAGGAGUGAGCCCAGCCACCUUCUCCUGGCCUGGAAGAGAAUGAUCCUGCAGGCCCAGGGCCCAUCCUGCGCUACUCAGUUAAUGGCUAACGGCUCUGCUGGGACCAGAUCUUCCAGUAUGCAGUGGGACCCGGCUCAGGCUUGCCUCAGCGUGGAGUGGGGGCCACUGGGCACAGCCAGUACUGGAGCCGAGCCAAGCCAACCCUGCUGCAGUUCUGGGGACCACAGUUACUUGCAACAGGCUGUGCUGCUCACCCCAGGGCUCUGUGUUACCUCACUGACUGCAGGGCCCAGUGCAGCAGCCUCUGCUGGUAGGAGGUGGGGGUCCCCCCCCACACACACCCACACUUGCUGCUCCCUGGAGUCCUAUGCUCCCUUCACCUGCCUCCUGCCUGCCUCAGAGGAUGAGGCUGGCAGCCAGGGCCCUGCAGCUCAGCGCUCCCUGCAGGCUGCCUUGGCUCAGCUCCCCCAAGAGGAGGUGCCUGAGGGGGAGGUAGCUGGCGCCAAGCCCUUCUACCCGUUUCUCUUCCCCUAGAUUAUCUGACAGCCUGAACACUGCACUGAGCCCCGCAGCCUGAGGGCUACUGCCUCUCCCUCCCACCCUGUGCACUGUGAAGCAGCAGUGUCAUUUCCCUCCUCCCUGUGACUGUCCCUCACCCUCUCUCCUGCAGCUGCUUCCUCGUCCCAGACCUACCCUGCCCCCGCAACAGAGGCUAGUGGGGGCAGGGAUGGCACCCAGCCCUCUUCCCUUGCCUGGUCUCUACUGAGAGCCAGGGGAUCCAUGGCCAAGGCUGGGCCGAUCAGGGAGUGGUGAGUGUUCUAGGCCACAGCCUUGUUCCCUUGAUGUGUAAACCAGACUGCUAUUCCCAGGCAGCAAAGCCUGAGUUCACCAGGCAGGGACCCCCCAGAUCCUGGGCCGUCCCCGUUCCCCCAACCUGAGCUGCUGCACCUCCUCCAGGAACCCUCUGCCAUGGAGCGCCAUCCCCCUGCUCGUCCCAACUGCAGCCAGGCUGGGGGCAAAUUAAUGCAAGAUGCUACUUAUGUUUAUUAAAUUAUUGCUGUUGGGUAGGAGCUGGCCUAGCAAGGGCUAGACGCUGGGAUUUUGUUUAUUUUUCAUUUAAAAGAAACCUGCUUGUGGCUGCCAGAAUAAAACUUCCCCUGGCUGAUUGACUGUCACUCAGCCAGCUCCCAGGGAGGUGUGAGAGUGGGGGGGCUGCCCUCCAGCCAGGCCAACUGAGAAGCACAGCUGCCCUGCUCUGGGUAGCUUGUGGGAUUGGCUUGUUCCCUCAGUGCCACCAGUCCUAGGCGCUGUUCCUUUCCCCAGAGGGGAGGAAACUGGGGCUGGCCCUUCAGUUCAGUGCAGGGGAGGUCAAAGGUGUUCCCAGCUCCACCCUGUGCUGUGCUGCGCUGGGGCCUAGCGCCUGUGCUCGCUAGGCCACGUUCAUGGCCUCCUGCCCUGUGCAGGGUCAGCUCCCUAGAGAUCCAUGGGCUACAUCUAGACUGGCAUGAUUUUCCACAAACGCUU